UCCGGUGGUCGAGGAGAGAUCGCGCAGUGAUGGUGUGAGAUGGAGAGUGAUCACUCAGCGAUGGAGGGAGAUCGUGCGGCGAUGGAGAGAGAUCGUGCGGCGAUGGAGAGAGAAAUCGCGCAGCGCUGCGGUGGGAUAACACUGGUCAGGGCUUCGAUAGCGAUGGAGAGCGCUGCGGUGGAGAGCGAUGGCGCACCGGUGGAGAGCGAUGGCGCAGCGAUGGAACGCGUUACAAUGGCCAGCGCUGCGAUGGCAGCGAUAAAGAUGGCCAGCAAUAGCGAUGGCAGCGAUAGCGAUGGCAGCGAUAGCGAUGGCGCGCCGAUGGAGAGAUGGCGCAGCGAUGGAACCAGCGUUGUGAUGGCAGCGAUGGAACCAGCGUUGCGAUGGCGCAGCGAUGGCCAGCGGUGCGAUGAGAGCGAUGGCGAUUGUUAGCGCUGCGAUGGUCAGGCGAGAGCGACGACUGCGAUGAGCUAAGCGCAUCGAUGGCGA